AUGGACAACAAGGAGGAGUUUUGUAAGAACGGCGGCAUGCAGCUCAUGUACGAGCGCUUGUCCGCAGGCACAAAGAAGACCUAUGAGUCCUCCUUAAAGAAGUUUGCACACCUGGUCGCAGAUGGCAGGGAUAUUCUCAAGGACAAGUUGCGACUUAAGAUGGCCAUGGCUGGCUUGAAGCGUCGACAGAAGUCCCCCAAGCGCAAGCAUCCGGUGACAGUGGCACAUAUUAAGCAGAUCCAACUGGGGUUGGACACUGGGCUGUGGGAUGACUUGCUGUUACUCACCGCGGUGUCUUUCGGUUUCUCCUUUUUGCUGCGUGCCUGUGAAUACCUGUCAAAGGAUGGUGUGGUCCACGAGGACAAGGUCCUCCGCAUGGAGCAUCUCCACAUCUUCCAGGCAGGUCACAAGUUGGGGUGGGAACAAAUUAUGGCAGCGGACGAGUUGGUCAUCCACAUCCCAGGCUCCAAAACAGACAUCUACAACGACGGUUACAAGCUCAAUAUCAAACUGCGAGCAGGUGACACGCCGUCUGACAUCAACCCGUUAUGCCUCCUUAGGCAGCUGUACACAAUGAACCCAGCCCGCUUCGGAGCCAACGGGUCCAAGCGGCCCGUGUUCUGCUUAGCCUGCGGUAGGGUCCUGGAGCGUAGCACAGUUAACACAGCGCUCAAAGCAGCGGCGGUGGCUCUGGGUCUGGACCCUGCUGAUCACGCCACCCAUUCGCUGCGGGCUGGUGGAGCUACAGCCUUGUAUGCCAUCGGGGGCCCCCUCAAAGACUUGGAUUUCGUCGACGAUGUGGAUGACAUGGAUGAUCAACCAAGACCGCCAGAAGAACUCAUCCCAAUAGAAGACUCUUUUUGUUCUCCGGCACUAAUUGAGUCUGCUAUUAAGAUGAUUUCGGCUGACGGUGCGACUACUGGCCAAAGCAGCGCAAUCGCUCCAGCUUUACCUGCUGACUUCAUAAAAGACCUGAAGGACGAGUUUUCAUGCGUGCACCAGGAGGCGGAGGACCUAAAAAUAGGUUUCGGAGGCAUGGGACGCUGCGUACAACUCAACACGAAUUGCAUUAAUUCGUACGCAGGGGACUCCACUAAGCUGACACUCCAGGUCAUGGAUGGCUGGUUCAAUAAAAAUGCUUCUGCGUGUAAUGCGCACGGCCGGCGCUUGCGAUGCGCACAGGGCGAUAUCCAUCAGUUUCGGGUCUUGGGCGCAUGCGUAAUCUUGUUCGUACUGGUAGAUGAAGAAGGGCUCAUAUUUGACAAUUUCGGCAACCCGCGCCCCAACCCUACCUCCACACUCUCGGAAAACACAAACGAGCACGCCAGAGGCAGCGAAAUCGCACGUUUGCAGCGACACGAAGACGCCGCGCGCGGGGCGCUGCGAGCAGCGCUGAAUGCCCCGGCACGGGGCGCCCUUCCGCAGCCCGCGGGGCCCCGAACGCCCCGGGCGGGCCGAGCUAGCACAGCGGGUGGGUCACGAAGCCCACCGGAGGUCCUCGGGCAGCGAUUCCACGCUAAACGCCCACCAUCGUCUAAGCCGCCCUAG